AUGGUUGAUGCUGUUGUCUCUUCCGUAGUGCGGAGACUUGGUAGUCUUCUCAUUGAUCAAGUAAAUUUUUUGCAAGGAGUGAGAGAUGAAGUCAACUAUCUGAGAACCAAAUUGGAAUACAUGUUGUGUUUCUUGAAAGAUGCAGAAGAAAAACAAGAUCAAGACAGUAGGAUACGCAAAUGGGUAUCCGAUAUUACAGAUGCUGCUUACGAAGCCGAGGAUAUUAUUGACAAGUUUAUUCUCAAAGUUGAAGAAGGAGGGAUUCCCAAAAGGACAGGGUUCAAAGCUUGCCUCAGAAAGUACUUGUGCAUCUACAAACAAGCAAACAAAUAUGGGAUAGGAAAGGAGAUUCAAGAAUGGAAGAAUAGACUCGAUGAAAUCGAUCGAAAUCAUGAAAUUUUCAAGAUUAGAAAUAUCAAAGCUGCUGGGGAGGGAUCAAGUAAAAUGAAUGAGAGAUUCAAGCAACUACGAAGGACAACACCUUAUGAAGACGACCAACAUGUUGUGGGCUUCACGAAGGAUGUUGAGUUACUGACAUCUGAACUUCUCCAAGAAACGCCCCAUCAAUGUGUGAUUUCGAUUGUGGGCAUGGGCGGUUUGGGAUUACAACAUCCAGAAUCUUCUUCGAAAAACAAUAAAUCUUUCAAGAUGCCAACCAGCAAAGAUGAAUUGGAGAUGUUGGAAAAGAUGGAAACAGAAGAUUUGGAGUGCCAUUUACAUGAGUUGUCGAAAGAAAGUCGAUACCUGGUGGUGAUUGACGUUGUAUGGGAUACAGAUGCUUGGGCAAGCUUGAGGAGAGCCCUCCCAGACAGCAAGAAAGGAAGUAGAGUAAUUAUCACCACUCGUAUCAAACUUGUUGCCGAGAGUUCUGGUAGGAGAAAAUAUGUUCAUGAGCUUCCAUUUCUACAACCAGAAGAAAGUUGGGAAUUAUUUUGUAAGAUAGUAGUGUUUCCGGACUAUGAUGGGGUCGAUGAUAAAACAAAUCGUUGUCCUCCAAGGUUGGAGGAAUUGGCAAGAGAUAUGGUCAGAAAAUGCCAGGGCUUACCCCUGGCCAUAGUCGUCUUGGGUGGGCUAUUGUCAAGAAAACAUCCCCAUGAGUGGCCCAAGUUGCAGGGCCGUUUCUGGCAGCAUUUGGGAUUGUUCCCUGAAGAUUUUGAAAUUGAAGCAGACAGACUUAUACGGUUAUGGGUGGCAGAAGGUUUCAUACAACAAGCAGAAGGAGAAACUUUAGAGGAGACAGCUGCAGAAUUUCUAAAUGAGCUGAUUGAAAGAAAUUUGAUUCAAGUAGCUGAAAGAACCUGGAUGAGAAUUAGAAGAUGCCGAGUUCAUGAUCUUCUUCGGGAUUUUGCAAUUGAAAAAGGAUCAUCAAAUUUGCAUUUACGAACUCUUUUGUUCUUCAACUCGGAAAAUGAAUCUGCCCAAAUAGGGGAGUUACAAUUUCUGUACGAAAAAUUGAGAUUGUUGAGAGUGUUAGAUCUUGAGGAAAUUAUAUUCAAUCAUUCCCAAGAAACAGAGCAUGGAAGCUUGCUUGAUGCAAUAGACAAAUUGAUUCACUUGAGGUACUUCAGGAUAAGUGACUUCAAAAUGAACAAGAUUCCACCAUCCAUAGGUAACUUGCAAACCCUACAAACCCUGGAAUGUUCCGAAUUUCGUACCUCAAUUAUGUUACCAGAUGAGAUAUGCAAUGCAAAGCAGUUGAGACAUUUAAUUGGAUGCUUCAAGUGGCCUUUCCGAGUGGAAAACCUAACAAACCUUCAAACUCUAAACUAUAUUGAGGUUGAUGACCGGAUGGAAUUUAAUCCAUCAAGGGAUUUAAUCAAUCUUCGUGAGCUUGUGGUAAUAUUUAAUGGAGAAAGCAGGGGGUUCACUCUAGACUCUAUUGGUAGAUUAAGAAACCUUCAAAAAUUAUAUCUAGAGUUUAGGGACACUGUUUGGAAUCCUACACUGCAACCACUUUCUCACUGCCAGCGCCUCCUUCAAUUGAAGUUAGAUGGAAGAAUAGGAAAGCUACCAACAGAGAUGCAUGAAUUCUUACCGAAUCUCAAAUACCUCUCCUUGUUUGGAUCAAACAUGGAGGAAGAUCCUAUGCCGUCAUUGGAGAAGCUUCCAAAGCUGACAAUUCUUGACUUGUGUUUCUGGGGAGUAAAUAAGUAUGUUUGCACUGCAGGAGGGUUCCCUCAACUCGAAAUUCUAUAUCUUCUCGGGUGUCAUGUGAAGGAGUUACAAGUGGAUGAAGGAGGAAUGCCUCUGCUUCGGGGUUUGUUCAUCCCUAACAAUCUUAGCAUCCCAGAGAGAUUAAGGUCCAUCCCUGUCCCCAAAAAUUGGGAUGUCACAUCGGCUCAUGGCUGGCCCUACUAA